AUGCACAGGCGCCGCGCGAUAUCCCAUAGCUUGCCACAGUGGCCAGGAGGGUUUCGUGCUAACUCCUAUUCCUACCUCCUUGAUUCAAAAUUAUUGUCACGACACGGAUUGAUUUGCUUUUGCACUAUUUCACUUUUACUUUACAUUACCUUGUUCCACUCUUUCAAUCGUUGUGAUGGGUCUCGGCAGAAAAAUCCGUCGCCUAAGCGACGAUGGCAAAGCUAUUCUACGGAUACCACCGAUACGGGAGUUACAACCACAGAGCAAUUGAAAGGAACAGAUUCUGCAACACAUGGAUUUUCCUUGACACUAGUAAUCCGCAUGGCAGCCGUACCAAAACUGGUCCAGCGUCUGUACUGCAUAUUCCUCCGUUCCUGUACCUUAUUUUGGUCUCCCAAGCUAGGCCCCGUCAGCCUGAUUCUUGACAAGGAAUCAGAAACAGAUCAUCAGUUUGCACGUAAACUGAGACAACAGGAGAAAGAUUUGGGCCUCAAGUUUGACUUCCUGUAUGAGCCACUCCCUGAUAUUGCCUCGGGCUGGACUAAACAUCCAGGUUACCAACGUCAAUUGUGGAGUAGUUUCUUCAUGGAUCUAUUCAUCAAUGCUUCGAUCAUUGGUGUGACUGAUUCUGACGCGGUGUUCACGACGCCAGUGACUCCUGAAAACAUCUUCAACGGCCAUCGAUUGCGAGUGUUAGCUUCCACUAACACGAAGCUAAUGCACGCGCGCAGAGGCUGGUAUAAACCAACGCUACUUGCCAUCGGGAAGGGUAUGGUUGCUGACUUCAUGACGUACUUUCCUUCCUACGUCUGGAGAGACACCAUCACCAACUGCAGGAAUCACAUAAUGAAGCACAUGAACGUUUCCAACUUUGAGGACGCCUUUCGCAACCUACCUAACCUAAGCCCCGUCAACGUCAUCAUGAAUUACGCCUACUACUUCGAGCACGACCGUUACGACUGGCACUUGGAUUUCACGGAGACUUUAGAGGACUUCAAUGCACAUCUACCUCCAGGUGUUAGCAUUAAUGCGAGUGAGAUGGAACCAGAUGUACACGUCACCAUACACGAGAGUUACUACAAAAAGCGCCCAUACCCAUUACUGCAGGGAUAUUGCAUCGCCAAGCGCUAUGUUGGUACUCUUCCCGCAAGCUGCCUCAAAUUUGACAAUGUCACAAACUUUCAGCUUUUUGAGUUUCAAACUGGCAGGUUACGCAGGGAACAUCUCAGUCCUGGGACCUGGUGUUCGGGCAACGGCCGCCGAGAGUGUAUUCGACUCAUCGAAGCGCACUACCAGAACGUCAAGAAAUAUCACAAGCUGGGGUGGUAUGACCUGGAUUUGAGACGCAUGACUGCCGUUGAGAAAGCAGCAAGGCAGGAGAAUAUCACAUGUCCAAAUAUAUUCCAAUUGGAUUAGAUGCACAACAGUUUAAACACCCCAAUCACAAAAUCAAUCAAAAUGAGGUUUAUAAUCACAUGGAUACUUGGUUGGUUUGUUGGAAUAGCAACAUAACUAUACUGUAGUCAUAGAGUUUAAACACAUUUCUAAACACUUUUUUUGUACCCACUUUUUAAACAUGUUUAAAUCCACGACAUGUUCAGAUUGAUGUGGAUGUCUGCAUGUGACAUGCUUAGGCACGUACGAAAGCCCAUUAGCACCAUCAAGUAUAAAUUAUCGGGUUGAAGUCAACUGACAGACUAAAUGCAUACUUUUCCACUUUCAUUAUCAUCUGUUUACGAAAAACGAAUUUUAAAUAUACAUUUGACUUUUUUACAAGUUAUUAUCAAGUUAUUAUCAGACGAAACGUGAAAAAAGUGGGUACAAGAAAAGUGUUUAGAACUAUAGCACCAUUUUUAUAGUGUAGAUAUUGACCGUGUAAGAUAAACAAAAAAUACAGUCAAUAAAAAAAUACUGGCAUUCCAUUAAGCUAACAUCGUAUUCAUAGCGAAUGGUCGAUUAAAAUUCGUAUAAAAAUUACUGAUGUGCUGAAGUAAACACUGUUG